CGCACAUCUCCCACCUUCUUGGUCAAACCGCCCCUCCUCCUCUCUCUCUCCUCUGUUUUCUGUUUCUUCUUCUCCUCUCUCUAGGAUAAAAGAACUGUGACAGGGAAGAGAGAGAGAGAGAGAGAGACAAUGGGAGAGGGGAGCCGAGUAAUAAUGGCAGGAGGAACCUUCUUUUCCUGACUCCCUGCGGCUGCAGCUCAUCAUUUGUCUCUGAUCCUUGUGCCUUGUUCCCUCUGCGGCUGGUCUUGGCCAUUGGUGGACUGAGCCAUCGCCGGCAGGGAGAGGGGGGCAUCGCCGUUGGGGCUUCCUGCGAUUCGCAUUUCUCCGCAAUCCCACCAAGGUUCCAUGCUGAGAUGGACGGCCACACCCACCUAGCCAUGGAGUGGAAGGACCAGAGCCCAGGGGCAGACUGCAGCAUGCUGCCGAGCUUCCUCACCGACCCGUUCCCCGCGGACCCCCUGGUGGAGGACUGCGACGGCGGCAACGACGGCUCCGAGGGGGCCGGGUUCGAGAGGCACGGCCUGUCGGUGGCCGUGGGCUCGCCUCAGGAGGAAGGGAAGCCGGCGACGCCGCACUUCGGCCAGAGGUCCAGCUCCAGCAGCAGCCUCUCCGAGCGGAUGCAGGCCAGAGCUGGGUUCAGCGUCGCCAAGCUCAGCAUGCCUGGCAGCGAAUAUUCAGGAGCCCAGUCGCCUUACCUGACCAUCCCGCCCGGCCUCAGCCCCGCGUCGCUGCUGGAAUCGCCGGUGUUCCUCUCCAAUGCCAUGGGCCAGUCCUCGCCAACCACUGGGAAGUUACUCAUGCUUGGUGAUACCAAUAACAACAAUAAUGCUCGGCUUGAACCUCCAUCAGUUGAAGAUGGUCCCCGUGCAUUUUCUUUCAAGCCUUUGGAUCUAAAAUCAUCACAGUACACCGCUGAAGGGAAGAAGGCAUCUCUACCCAACAGUCAGCACCCAUCAGCACCAAGCAGAGAUGUUCCUGUCAAGACAGAAACCAACAUUCAGACGACGACUCGAGGCGCCAAUCCGCUGGGCCAUCUGAACCAAGCGCAGUUCAACAACGGGCAAGACCUCAUGAAGCGCAGCUACCAUGACUGCAACAACAAGCGCAACCGCCUGCCAGCUGACAGUGCCACGGCGGGCGGCGACAACAACGCACCGCCUCCAGACCAUGGCCCACCGGCGACGGCGGUGGACAGCGAGGCGGCGAAGGGAGAUUACCCUGCAGCGGUGGCCACGGCCGCGCCGGCCGAGGACGGGUACAGCUGGAGGAAGUACGGGCAGAAGCAGGUGAAGCACAGCGAGUACCCGCGGAGCUACUACAAGUGCACGCACCCCAGCUGCCAGGUGAAGAAGAAGGUGGAGCGGUCGCACGAGGGCCACGUCACGGAGAUCAUCUACAAGGGCACGCACAACCACCCCAGGCCUGCCGCCCAGAGCCGCCGACCUGCCGGCGGCGCGCAGGUUCACCCGUUCAAUGACGCGCAGAUGGACGCGCCUGCGGACAACAACAACAACGGCUACGGCAAUGCUGGUGGCUCGCAGCCGAACGCGGAGGCGAGGUCGCUGUGGCACGCGGGCGUGGCUGUCCAGGACUGGCGCGGCGAUGGGCUGGAGGCCACGUCGUCCCCCUCGGUGCCCGGCGAGCUCUGCGACUCGUCGGCUUCGAUGCAGGUCCAUGACGGUGCUGCCUGGUUCGAGUCUCCGGAAGGCGGCGUGGAUGUCACGUCUGCCGUGUCUGACGAGGUGGACGGGGAUGACAGGGUGGCCCAUGGCAGCAUGUCCCAGGGCCAGGGCGCCGCCGAUACCACCGAGGGCGAUGAACUCGAGUCCAAGAGAAGGAAGCUGGAGUCGUGCGCCAUUGACAUGAGCACUGCGUCCAGAGCUGUGCGCGAGCCUCGGGUCGUGAUCCAGACGACGAGCGAGGUGGACAUCCUCGACGACGGCUAUCGCUGGCGCAAGUACGGGCAGAAGGUCGUCAAGGGCAACCCGAAUCCAAGGAGCUACUACAAGUGCACGCACCCGGGGUGCUCGGUGCGGAAGCACGUGGAGCGCGCGUCGCACGACCUCAAGUCCGUGAUCACCACGUACGAGGGCAAGCACAACCACGAGGUCCCGGCCGCGAGGAACGGUGGCCACGGGAGCUCGGCGGCGUCCGGCGGCACGGGGGCGUCGCAGCUGUCCCACGCGCGCAGGGCGGAGCCGCCGUCGGUGCAGGACGGGCUGAUGAGGCUGGGCGGCUGCGGCGCGCCCUUCGGCCUGCCGCCGAGGGACCCGCUGGGGCCGAUGGGCAACUACCCGUGGCCGCCGCCGAGCCUGCCGAUGCCGUCGGGGCUCGGCGCCGUGGAGGGGCUGAAGCUCCCCAUGCUGUCCCCGUCGCUGCACUCGGUGUUCAGGCAGAGGCAGGCGAUGGAGACGGCGGCGGGGUUCAGGGUGCCCAAGGGCGAGGUGAAGGACGAGGCCGCCGGGGCUGGCGCUGGGGGCGGCGCGGCGGCGGCGGCGGCGUAUCCGCAGAUGAUGAGCAGGCUGCCCCUGGGGCACCGGAUGUAGAUAAUAAAAGCAGGAGGGUCGGUUUAGAGGGCUAAUUAGAUUAAAUUGGUUAUUAAUGUUCGAUAAGUAUACGGUGGAAACAAUCACCCUUACUUCUUGCUACUAUUUUCUUUUUCAUCUUCCUGCUACAAGUUCGUUUAAUUUUCUCCAUGUAUCGUUAGCGAUUUAGUGUAUCGGGUUUAAUCCUCUGUUUGUCUUAAUAACCGGCAUUACGAAGCUUCCAUUUUGGGUUCA